CGUUCUACUCAAAGAUGGCGGUGAUGAGUACGCCAUGUUUUUUGUGAUGUUCACGCAUUAGACAAAUUUUUUGAGAAUUAUAAUCUGUAUGAGCAAAAUGGCUGAUGAUGAUCCGUGGUUAUUGAAGGAAGACGGUUAUUUAAAUGUGUAUACUGAGUGUAAAAGUAUAAUCUAUCAUGCUAAUCUAAAUGUGUUACUAAUUACUAAUAGCAGGUCGCAAGUAUACGUAUUUGAUGUCAACUCAGGAGUAAUUUUACAAAAAUGUUCUUUAUCUGACAAAUUAAAUGGAAAACUUCAAGGUACAUAUUUAUCAAACGGUGUAGAUAAAAUAUUAUAUACAGAUGGAAGAGGAAUUGGAGUACGUAGUGAUUACAAUGGUGUACUCCUUUUGGAUACUCUUUUACAAACACCUGUUUCAAGAAGCGAAGAUGUUGUAAAACUAGAAUUAUUGUUUUCCGAAGCUACUUUGUUAUAUCAGUGUCUACGAUGUGUAGAACUACCAGGUGUAGAUUACGUGCGAGAAGUAAUUAAAAAAUUAGCAACUCAAACUUGUUCAGUAAAAGCAAACCAAACAAAGGGGAUAAAAGCCCAAAAAUGGAACACAAUAUGUCUGGAAUUACCACAUGGUUCUUUGAAGCUUGUGUGUUCAGGAUUGGUACUGGAGUUGAAAAGAUUAAAUCGACAUAUUCCAGCAUUGUCAAUUGCUUCUGCUAUCAAUGAACGAUUAAAUGGCCUAUUGCCAGGCCUGCCAUUAGAGGGAGGUUCUGCUGAUAAAGGAGUAAUGUUUAGCGAAGCCACACGACGAGAAACUUUCUCAAAAUGGCCACAUAUGAAUUACAAGUGGGCUUUACCUGAUCAAAUGGCUCAAGCUGGAUUUUAUCAUCAACCAAAUGCAACGGGCGAAGAUAGAAUAAUGUGUUUUACAUGCAAUGUUUGUUUAGUUUGUUGGGAACCAACAGAUGAACCUUGGUCAGAGCAUGAACGACACUCUCCAGCAUGUCCUUUCGUUAAAGGGGAAUACACUCAAAAUGUUCCUUUAUCCGUUAUCCUUGCCACGGCUCCUGCACAAGAAGCAGAUGAUAGUGUAGAUGUGAUUAGCACUACAAAUGUCAGUGGUCUUGUGGCUACAGCUUCCAAUAGUGGUUAUAUCAACGUGUGGAAUGUGACAAAUCAAUUAAAGAGGGAAGUGUCAUUUUAUGUGGUCUCUCCUCCUGUAGAUCAAGAAAUAAAUAAUAAAGAUUCUAUUCAGUUUGGUUCUGCUAGAAAUUUGACAUCAUAUUUAAGGACACUUAAUUCAGAAACAGAUCCCUUUGCCGAAUAUAAACAUCCAACAUCUCAUAAAGUGCAACUUACAGCUCUGUCUGUAGUAGGUUCUGUUAAGUCUCAAAUCAAGGAAACAACAUCUGGUUCUACGCUUUUACCUGUAGAGACAGUAGACUCUAAAAUCAGGCCGUGUGUAGUGUGUGGUGUUACAGUGACAGUUAAUAACCCAUCACAAUUAAGAACUUUAGAAAAUGUGUGGGCAGCUUCAACGGAUUUAGCUCCUUCUUCGUCUCUUGUUCAUGCAAUGAACAGUGUAAAUAGUGCUGCCAGUGAUACUUUAGAUAUAAUGAAGGUAGCAGGUGAUAAGUAUGCACCAUCGAAAUUGCACUAUUUAGUAUUUUACGAUUUUUAUCAUAAAAUGACAAUACCACAACCAAUGAAAGAAGAUAAUACUAAGGAUUCCAAAACUAAAAAGACAUUAUCUGGAACGGAAACCAGUGCUAGUUCAAAUGGAGAACGUCAAGAGAAUUUAUAUCAAGAAUUUUUAGUUGGUAAAUUUUUUUAUGAUGUUCCAGUGAUAGAAGAUGUAGAUUCAGAUAUGGUAGUUGGUCCACCUUUCGAGGGUAUUUUUCCAACAUCUGCUCUGACUGCAUCAUCUUCCAAUGGUAUCUAUUCAAAUCCAAUUGGUAUUACGGUACCUCCAACUUCAAGUUCAUUUGAUGCCAAUUACAACCCUAUCAAUGGUCCAGAACAUUUUGCGUCAACGUCUGAUUUGACAACAGUAAACAAAAAAAGUCUAGAUAUUAUGAAAAUGACAAAGACUGAACCAGUUGUUGUAAAGACUUUACCUAUUGAAGCUCCAGAUUUUCUUAAAAUUACACAUAUUGAGCCAUCUAAGGAUGGGAGACAUUUAUAUGUUGCCAUGUGUCCUAUGACAGAUAACACAGAUUCAUUGAUGUCAAAUAAUAAUCAAAUGGAUAUUGAUGAGGAGAGUGAAUUUUUCCCACAAAAAGGUUACGUGUAUUGGGACCACAAUGAUACACAAUCUGAUAGAUUUAUAAACGAUGAAAUGCACGACGAGUCAACUAAUAUGAAUGCUAUACUACUUGUGUAUGCUUUAGACUUUUCGGGACAGGUAGUUAAGGCUUUCUCGGAACCAGUGGCAAAACGAGAGUUACCAGCAGAUCAAGCACCCAUCGAGCAUGUGUUUUUACCUCUUCAAGAGAAAAAUAAAUGUUCGUUGCCUGGUGAAAAUUAUAGUAAGACUACUUCAAGUGUACCAGAACCUGUUGGACAAGUAGCUUUAGUGUGCAAAGAUGGUAUUGUCAGAGUAUUAAAUUUAAAUUCAUUGAAAACUAUCAGUGAAGCAAGAAUAGAAGGGAAGAAGUUUGUUUCUGCAGCUUAUUGUAAUAGUUUAGAAAGAUUGUGUGCAUGUACAAGCGAUGGUGAACUACAUUUUUUUAUUACAACAGACGAAGAAGAUUCUAUGGAAAAUAAAGAAGAUAUUGAAGAUAUCAAUAUGAUGACAACAGAAGAAAACAGUAAAAAGAAUACUAUACCUAGUACUUCGUCAUCUACUCAAGAUCAAUUAGUUGCGCACAAAUUGAGAUUCUCUUAUUCAGAUUUACGUGUUCUUUAUGAAUUAACACGGUUUGAUCGACAUUCUCCCGCGUACGGUGCUACCGUUCCACCAUGUUGGAACGAAAUGCUACAAGCUCAAAGACAACGUCGACAUCCUCAACAUUUUCAUCAGUCAGAAAACCAACAUUAUACGCGAACAUGGCGUUUGAAUAAUGAACGGACUACUUGGGACGAACAUAUAUUUGAAUUAACUCUUCCUCGAAGUGCAACAGGAAAUAUUGGUCAUAUAGACGUUCGAUUUAUUUUGCAUUCGGUUUGUCAAGAACUACCGACAAUUCAAGUUACUUUGUUGAAGCAAAAUAUUAAAAGAAUUGGUCAUCAUAAGUUUCUGUUAACUUCGGUUGAUGAGAGAAUAGACUUUAACAUAGGUGAACAGAAAGGAGAGAACCCGGUGACUACGGAAGAGUACCAACGACAACAUAAUACUGAAAUUUUAUGUGGACCGAUUGAUUUACAUCGAAGUUUAGACUUGUCUUGGCGUUCUGGUUGUAUCACGUUAACCAGCCCAAAACUAUUUCGAACGAAAGCUAGAACGCUUCUUGUUCACAUUAAGGCUCUAGUAGAUCCCUCGAAAGAUAACGCAACAGCAAAGUCGGAAACAAAUUCAUCGGACAACAAACCUCCAACAUCUAAAAAGUUAAGAAUAGCCGAAGUUCGCCCGACGGUCCCUGGUAGUACAGUUGAACGGUUUGUAGAAGGUGCGACUAGCAAGAAGUUAGAUGGCUAUAUUGGUUGCGAUUGGAUUCACGAAAUAUCAAUUACCGUCAGAACGGUGCAUCCUACUAAUAUACCAAAUGAAAGAGCGCAAAGAUGUACUAUGCUGGAAUCUAAAAGUUGCUUUCACAAUUUGUUAAAUGUAGCUUGUUUAAAGACAGCUGAUAAGUCUCCCAUUGCACAGUCACUCGCAUUAGAUAUUCUUGUAUGGAUUACUGCUAUUAGAUUAAAGAGAUUACGUAGCAGUCAAAAUAAUACAGAAAUAAGGAAUUUCCAAUUGGAAACAAUUCGUUCUGUGCAAGCGCGGUUAUCUAGUUUAUUAAGAACUUGCCUGUUGCAUGCUGGGCGGAGUAUAGCGCACAAAUGUAUCAAAUUAAUUAUGCUUUGUAACACUGGAUUUUAUAAUCUAGAGGAUCCUCCAUCUCCUUCGUUCGAUGAAGCUCUUGUAUCUGUUUUGGUAUCGUUAUUACCAUCUAUAGUUGAGGUUCAGUGGGCUGGUUCAUUGCGAUGGUUACAGUUAUUAAUUAAUGGAAUCUUACCCCGAGAUAAAAAUCACAGCAUUGCACGUCAAUGUAUUUCUUUGAUAAAACAAAUAGCCGCUGAAAUAUCGAAUCGAGUCAAUCCUUAUCAUUUACUACUUUCAACGAGGUUUGGUUUGUAUAAUACUCCAUUUGAAACAGAACUGUUCGAUAUAGAACCACCAAUGCCUCCAAAAUACAGUCCGAUACCCCCGACAUGCGUGUCAGAUGCGACUAAUGAACAAACAGGAGCAUCAGCUGCUUCAUCGAGUUCUGUUUAUUCUCAGGAUGCUAUUGAUUUGAGAGAUCUACUUACACUGCCUACGCAUCCAGCUAGUGAAUUUGUGGUGUCUAGCAAGUUGAAAGCUUUGUGUGCUAAUCAUAAUAUGAAAGGGCUUCUUGAGGUAGAGCCUCUUCAUUUUACUUGUCAUUUUGCUUCGGAUGGUACCAAGAUGGAAAAAAUUGACCCUGGUAUGAAUACAAUUAAUAUUGGCGCUCCUCUUUAUGAUAGCACAACUACAAGCAAUAACGGCAUAUCCGAUAUCAAAACUAUUCACCACUCUUACAACAUGGAUGCUGGAUCGCUAGGACCAGAUGUUCAAACUUAUUGUAAGUCGACACCUAUUUUGAGCGAUCUGCUUAGUCUAUGUACAGGACGAAUGUUAAAGAAGCCAGCUCCACAACUUAUAUUCACACUCGAUGACCAGUCAGACUGUGAUGAGGCUAACGAUAUGCCUGUCAGUAAUCAGACAUGGCACGAUACACAUAAUGAUAUGCCUAAUUCACAUAUACUAAAUUCUACCGUAACAAAAGAAAAAUCGUCUGUACAAAGUAUCAGUACUACUGUAAACAAAGUUGAAGACAGCAAUCCUAAAAAGCGAGAAGAUGUUACACUUCCAUGGGGAAGAUUACUAUGUUCACCACCUCAGCAGGCAUUGGUGGUUGAUAGAAUGCAUUCUGGAGCUCGUCGUUUUGUAAUUCUUGAUUUUGGAGCACCUGUAUUACUUACCGACCUGAUUAUUCCUUGCUGUAGCGAUUUGUCGUCGUUGUCCAUAGACAUAUGGUCAAAAAUCGAGGAAAUUGAUGGUACGCGACUAAUCGUUGCUGGUGAUAUUGGAAAUAGGCCAUUAGUUGUAUGCGAUCUUCAACCACCACCUGUAUGCCGAUAUCUAAAGAUUACUAUCAUAGGCCGGUAUGCAAUGUCUCCUACUAUGUGCAAAAUUCCAUUGGGAGUUUUCUAUGGCCACAUGGUAGUUUUACCCGGAGAAGAUUAUGCAGAAUUAGAUAACACUUCCCUUUUUGAUAAUACUUUCGACUCUUCUGUACAGGCUACUAUUAAUACCCAGUGCAAUAUUUUAUCAGCUCUUGCGGAGGACGUUCAAUGCAGAUUUAGCCUAGCCACUGAAAGAUUAAAAAGCCUAUUGGAUCCACUAUUGUGUUCAGAAACCACUAAUGUUAUGCAUAUGCAGCAUUAUCUUUCUUUUAGUAAAAUUCCUAGUUGGAAGAAAGAACAACCGUCAACAAAAAUACUAUCAACGUAUCAAGAGUGUAUAAUGUUCCAACACCAACUGAAUGUUGUUCGCGGUGUAUGGCGACGACUGGAGUCAUGGAAAGGUUCUCAAACCGUUCCAACGGUGUCUUUAGCAAACGCACCGAGUGAUAAACUACGAGCUCUCGGAGAAACUUUACUCGAUAUUCUUUUAUUUGCGGUAUAUGAAAUUGGUCCUAUGCCUAGUAUACCACCAGCAAUAUGUAAUGUUUUUACACCAACAGUUUGCGAGAAAUUUUUCCACUCGCUUUGUGUCGUUACACCAGCUCCACGUUUGCAGUUGCAAGCUGUUGCACUUUUGACACGAAUGGCUGGUCAUCAACCUUGGUGGGGUAAUUUUUUGUCUAAUAUUUUCAUCAAUCUCUAUUCAUCGUCAUCUACGCAUAUAUUUCCGCAAGACAGAGUGUUUAUUUUGUUAACACUUCUUGGACGUAAAUCAUUGAUCGCGGGAGUUAACAGAUCUUCUGUGAUAGAUGCAAUGGUCCAAACUUUAGGCAAAUUAUUGACACCGUUAUCAAAUGCUCAAACUUCUAACACUAAUCACUUAGAUAUAACCCUCAUUGGUUGGGUAUUGCUUUUCUUAUCGGUAUGUUUAGACACCAUAGCCAUUUCGCCUCCGUGUUUAGAAGGGAGUAAUAAAAAAAGUAGAGAACAAGGUCUACUGUCACGUUGGGAGUUUAUCCAAGGAGAAUCCGCGAUGCAAAGAAAAUAUGGUAAUGCCAGUCGGUGUCCAGCUUCUUAUAGUUAUAAAAAAUUACAAAAACGUAUAAUGUAUCACAAUCAGCAACUUCAAGAAUUGGAACAAGCGAAGAAAGUAUUUCAGACGUCGUCACAAGGAUUGGCAAAUCUUUCAUCGCACGCAGCUUCAUUUUUUAGUAAAGUAGAGGCUACGUUAAAGUCCCAAGAACGUCUUUUCAUUAAAACAUCAAAACAAAAUUCUGCCAAGCAUUUCAAAGAUUUUCAUGGUAUCCGUAAAAAUGAUGCCCACGUGUCGCGUAGUUCACGUUCACAACCACAGGCUAAUACGAGUUCUAGUAAGUCGGAAGGAACGGACGUAGAUGUCGAAUACAUAUCUAACUUGUCUCAUCAACAUGUUCUACCUGUUGCGCGUGGACUCAUUGCUCUUAUUUUAUAUAAUUCUGCUAAUGUGGAUAUGUUCCUAUUAGCUUGCAAGGUAGUCGCUAGGUUAGUGAUAUCUACACGUCCCGCAAUUAGCUUGUGCGAGCUUAUGAGCGAAGAACAGCUCUUAAAAUUAGUCAGGUUGGCGACGGGUAAUUCUGACGCUGCCUGGACUUCGCACGCAGUAUCGUGCCUUUUACAGGACUUACUAGAAGGUGAAAAAUUACUUCCAAAGACGUGUUCCACCCACGAAGGAAGUCCAUCCGAAGAAAAUUUCGAAUGUCUCGUUACAGAGAAAACCCGAACGCCAGAAGAAGAAUACACUGCCUCGGCUGAAACAAGUAAUGCUAGAGUUCCGCUUGGUAACGAUGAAGGAUUUGCAGAAGGUGAAGGAGAAGAAGAUGCUCAAGACAGUAUAGUAGUACCGCCUGCAGCCGCUUCAACCUCAAAAUCAAACGGAUUUCUACCAUCUCUUUUGGAGUCUGACGACAGUGAAUUCGAGGAUUUCUUAGAAGAUAUUCUAGAACGUGGUAGAAAUAUGUUAAAGAAGGGUCAUCCGUUACCAAAAAAUGUGAACAUUUCUGGUAUUUCUUUAGCAAUGGAUGCGAGGUUAGAAUACGGAGUCGAAAUGGGAAUAGAAAUAUCAUUGCGAAUAUUGUCUACCUUCAGCAUGUACAACUUACCUUACAGUAUAAGCACUUCGAUACAUGCACCACCGGAGUCAAAUCGAUAUUCUCAGCAGUCAUCGUCGAGAGUUGAACCUGGUUGGAAUGAAAGGAGUCAAGAUGCUUGGAAUUCAUCCGACACAAUGUCAUCGAGUUUACUAAUGUUAACAAGAUGCUUUGACAAAAUAUUUACAGACUUAUAUUUACAGAGUGUGGGAACAAACUUGGAACUUCUACUUCAGUUGUGGUUAACACUGAAUUUAAAUGCAUCUUCAGAACAGCCUAGUUCUUCUAAUCAAUUUGAUCCUUCGCUAUCACCUGUUAUUCCACUGAGCUCAGCCGCUAUUUCCAGUCUUAUAUCUGCAUUAUCUUGGCACCCCGGAGUCUCUUUACGUGCUUGGUGUCUUGCUCUCCAGUGUUUGACUUUAGCAAGUAAUCAACCAUUACAAACAGAUUCUACGGAAGCUACGAGCAGUAGACAACCAUUAGAUGGUCUUUUGGGAGGUAUGGCUGGAUGUAUUGUGAAAGAACGCAACAUGGGUCCUAUGCUUUUGCGUUUACUUUCUGGUAGCGGAUUAAGCGUUGACGCUAUGGACAAACAAUACAUUAUGGCUGGACCUACUGUAUGCCAAGCAUUACAAGAUUUUCUAGUUAGAUUAAAGAUGAGAUGCGAUGUAAUUACACCUGGUAGCUCUUUAGGAAAUGCGUUAAACGAGCUCUUACUGUGGGUGGUAUAUCAACUUGUACAACCCGGUGGAGCCCUUUCUGCACGAAGAGGACCCCUAGACGCACAGUACAAACUUAUAACCUCGUUAACAAACUUAAACUUUGCUAAUACAGAUUUAGGAACUGCGAUGAGCGUAACCGAAUGUGUUGGAGUAUUAGUUUCUACCUACGUUAGGGGUUCUGGAGUUGGAGCUCAAUGUGGCGGUACAAUUAAUUUUGAAAACCCAUCACAUCGAUUCAAUGGAUUAUUUGCUUGUGUCUUCGGUGGAGAUACGAGACAGGGUCGUCCAGUUUCUUGGGAUACUUUAGUUGUAGCUCUUAUCGAAUUAGUGUGUCGACUUAUUCAAACUCCCUUACCCGAGAGUUGUGCAGGACGGUCUGAUAAUACAAUGCGAAUCGAUCUAUCAGAAUCGAAUCUCAAUUCAACAAAUGAUAUUAAUGAUUCUGAAAUGAAAAUAAAUACUUCACAGACGGACGAAAGUAAAGUGGCAGAACAACAGUCUUCUCGUUUGCAACAAUCUUCGUCUAACAAGCCCCGCGUACGAUGUGUCGCAGAUACUGUGUUGCAACAUGAGCCCACUAUGAUGCGAUUGUUAGGUGCUCUCGGUAACAGCUCCGGUUCUUCUUUAACGAUGCUUUUAGGCGAAAGCGCUGAUGCAGGAGCAGUUACUGAACUUGACGAUCCUGCUUCAAUACCGGAUGCUACGUUUCAGCUUUUGACCACUCUUACUAAAAAAGCAAGCAAUCGUACCUUAGUCCUCAAUCCACUUUAUCAAUAUCUUUCGUCCUCAUGUGGGCAAAGAGAAUUGGAUUGUCAGUUGGGCGUCAUGCAAUUAUCGGAACCUCUUCUCUGGUACAUCCUAAGCGUUCUCGAUAACGAAGUAUCAUUGGCAAUGUUCACAGCGAUGGGUGGCGUUAAAGUCCUUUGCGAAAAUCUGGUAAAGUCGAGCAGCAGUGGUAGUAACAAUUCUGCGUCACCCGGAGUGAUUGCGUUGGUAAUGGAACAUUUAUCAAACGCUCCUAACAUGAUGCCAGUGGCUUCCACGAGUAGUAAGAAGUCUGAGAAUACGCAAGAAUGCAAACCUUACGAGGAAACGUUGUUAAAUUUUGCUCCUUUGGGAACGAUAUCAUGGUUGCAUCCUUCGACUCAAUCAGCAGAUGUUCUGAUACAAAAUUACACACCUCACAAACGAGCACGGACUGCUGCGUGGUUAUAUCAUUGCUAUCCUGACGAAGCAUGGGUCGAUUUGACGAUCACUUUACCUUGUGCAAUACUGUUGAAGAAAGUUGAAUUGCAGCCACAUCUUACAUCCUUAGCAACGUGCCCAUCAGCUGUAGCCAUUGAAGUUUCACGAGAGAGCAACAGUCCUUUGACACCUGUUUGUCCACCUAUGCCAACGGCAGGCUUAGCACUUAUACUCAUCACUUUAUCUCAACCAGAAGUAGCAACAUCUGUACUGGUUCGACUGUACAAACCUCGCGAUUCAACAAAUAUAAGCUUAAGUCAGAUUAAAUUGUUAGGUACAGCUGCAUUCGGUGAAAUAAAAACUAAUCACGACGCGAUAGACGAGGAGCAAUUAACGAAAAAAAGCUUGGGUUGGUUGCGAUUAUUGCAUCAGUGCCUGUCGGUGAGCACUUUAAACAGCAACCUUGCUGUUAAGGUGCUUAAUUCUGCGGCUUCGGUCGAAGGGCUGGUUGAGGCAUGUUGUAAUUUCUUGCUGCUCCCAGCACCGUCCCUUUUCACUCCCGAUUUGGAGAGGGUUCUAUUACAACUGGGCUUACACUCUCGAGAGCUUGGACUUCGUCUCAUUGGUCUUUUACUUCGCAACAGGUCUACUUCUUUUUUCCAAGGUGCAGUGACCAAACAAGAGACAUCGAUCGUUCAGUCGGUUGUUGAAUUACUUCAGCAACUUUGCUCCGUUCAGGAUUCUUGUACAGAAGCUCGAAUGUCUGCGGUACUUUCAUGGCUAAGAGCGUCAGCUAUGAAUGGAAUUGCGCGACACAGCAAUGGCCCUAAUGCCAUUAAUCCUCCGGCUGUAUAUAUUCAUUGCAUAUCUUCUAUUAUAUGGAAAGCUCACCAACAGCAGAAUAUUAUUUAUAAUCUACAAGCUCUGUUGACAGAUGAGCUUUUUAAUGUUUUGUACGAAUGGACCUUAACGUUAGGAACAAAUUCAGCUUUAAAACAAGCAAUUGAUUCUGUUCUUUGCGCGUUUUGCUACGUGAGACCAACAUUGUUUCCUCUACUUCUCCAAAGAGUACGGAUUUUAGUGCCCAAUAUGGCGACUGAUCACUCUGCAUCCAUCUCGGAUGACCGUAAAGAGAGAGAAGGACAAACUGAUGAUAGGAAGUGUGAAAUUAAUGGCGAAGAAUGGUAUUGUCGUUAUGUGUUAUCAGAAUGUAAGCGAUUAAAUCUGACGGAAGGACAGUUACUCACUGUCGCUGCAGCGGCUCGUUCACCACCUGGCAUUCAACAAUUAAUCGACUCUGGACUUCCUGCUCUGCUAACGGCAUCUAUUACUGAGUUUUGUAACUUGGAGAAAGCAAAACAAGGACAAUCGAAAGUGGAAAGGAUGUCUACCGAGGACAGUUGUCAAAGUAACUCACUAGGAAGUUUAACAGAUAAUGAUAAAGCUGGUGAAUCUUCUACGCAAACAAAUAAUCAUUCUGGUGGUCUUAACAUGAUAGAUCCAGAAAGCAUAGCGAUGGUGUUGGAAUUUUUAACGUUAGUCUGCUCGGAAGGUAGAAUGCGCGAUUGGUUGGGAAAAGAAGGCCGUGGUUUUUGGUUGCCUCUUUUGUCACUUCUUAGUAAUCGAUCGAUAGAAAGUCCAUCAUUGUCCUCUUUGCGGUCUUCUAAGACAAAUAUUUCAUAUGCCUCGCUGGAAAGUGCUAUGAUUAAAUUUUUAUCUAGAUGUUGUUGGUGUCAUUUAGAAAAUCAGAAGUUACUGGCCGAAUUACUGACCGAUGUAAUUUCUCAACAACGAACAACUUCGAAUAUACGUUACCUCCACGGAAUUUCGGGUUUCACGAGACAGUUGAUUCUACAAUUACUUUUGGACGGUGAAAAAGUAUUAGUGUCCGUAACUUCGGAUACACCUAUGAAAGUUUCAAAAACAGCAACCAAUUACAGUAUGCCAUCUAUGCCACCUCAUCCGGCUCAUCCUCUCGGUCAUUAUCAUCAGUUACUGUACAUGUCUACGCAAUCAACCGUGGCAGAUAUAUUGCAGCAAGUAUCUGGUACCUGGUUGUUUUUGUUAUUGUCGAACACGUAUAAGAGUAACGAAACUGCAUCGAAUAAUAAUCGUUCACGAGAGCUUUGGGAGUCUGGCAUGGCCUUUGUAGUAGACACCUUAAGUGUAGCUGCUGGAAAUACAGCAAAAGAUAAAAGAGCGAAGGAAGCAUCUAAUGGAGCACAAGCUCGUGGUCCUGCUACUAGAAAGUCACGAAUGAAUUCCGAUGGUGCGGCAGGCACGAGUAAAGCACAGAGUAACAACGUUCAACAAAAUUCCAGCAAUUCUACAAAUGAACAAUAUUUGAUACACUCGUCACGUUUAAAUACUCCUUUGCCAGCGCAGUUGACCAUUGCUCAGCUGUUAGCUAUUGCCGAAGAUAGUGGGGUAUCGUUGUCAGAGCCCUGUUUGCAUCUUAUAUUACGUCAACGUAAUAAAGAUUCCAAAGAAGAUAUUGCCAAACAAAACGAAGGCGAGUUACUAAAUUACAGAAGCAUAGAAAGUUCAUUGGGAGUAUUCAGUGCUGGUGGUGGUUUAGCGGUACUGGCCCGACAUUUGCCUCUGGUUUAUCCAGAUUAUAGACCGCCAUCGGUGUCGUUGCCUUCACCGGAACAGACGUACGAAGAGGAAUGGGUUAAACUGGACAUCAACGAUUAUGCUUACGAAGUGUUGGAGGAAGGUGGAAACAACUCACCACGAGCAUCAUCUCCUGCAGUAUAUGUGCCACCACAUUCCUUAGCUGCUUUCGGACUGUUCCUCAGGCUUCCAGGUUACGCGGAAGUGCUAUUGAGGGAUCGGAAAUCUGCACAGUGUCUACUGCGCCUUGCUUUAGGUGUCACGGACGACGGUGAAGGUGGUGAUGUUAUAACGUCGCCGUUGGCUGCUUCAUUACCAACUUUGCCGUUCCAAGUUUUAAAGCAGUUACUUGACGCUACACCCGCGACUACAGACGACGGUCUCCUUUUGCGUAAAACGACGAUCAAAGUGGGCGCCAUGCUUCUUCUAUUGAAUUGUUUGGCUAUAUUUACACACCAGACGAGCCAGAAUGAAAGUUCGGAGCAAAAGGCAUCUGGUAAUCAGGGUGACGUCGCAGGACGCAGCGACGAUAGCUCACAGUCGUACUGGGCGAAGGGCACAGGAUUCGGAACCGGUUCUACUCAACAAUCCUGGAAUGUUGAACAAGCUCUGAUGCGACAAAAAUCUGAAGAAGAACACGUCACAGUAUUAUUGCAAGUCCUGGCGAGUUACAUCGGAUCCGGUGGACAAACGCAAAGAGAAUUACCAGCUCCUUUCCCCGAUCUAUUGGCUCGAUCAUGCCUACUUCCGGCCUUGUCCUCGUACUUAAGAAACGAUUCGGUGUUAGACAUGGCGAGGCAUAUUCCUUUGUAUCGGGCAGUGUUGCAGUUACUCAGAGCUAUGGCUCUGUCGAAUCAAUUAGCUCCACUUUUAUUACCAAGGAGCGGGAAGUCUAGCGAACCCUCCGUUGUCUCGCUUUUGUCAAGCAUGAGGGUUUGCGUGGACACGUACGCCCACAAGAUAAACCGCACAAGGAGUAACAAAUCAAAAACCCUGUUCAAAUAUCCGGAUGACAGCGAACAAGACGAAGGUUUAGCAACAUUGAUUCCUGACAUUCAAGAAAGCGCGACCAUAGUGCAAAACGCAAUCGCGAGAUUGGCAGGAAUCGAAGAAGAAUUACCUGGUCCGAGUCCCACGGGUCCAGAGUUACCUUUACGUUCGAUCGAACAACGAUACUUAGAAGUAAUGAAGAAUUUACAGUUCGAUACGUAUGAAAUGAUUACGGAAAACCCAGAAGCAGGAGGAUACAAGUUUGCCGUCUCAUAUCAUUUUGAAUCGACCAUGAGAGCGGCGGAUGAGAGAAGUCAUCCCACCAGGGUCAAGAGAUUAGCACAAGAAGCCGUAACACUUUCCACCGCGUUACCUUUGUCGUACAGUAGUAGCGUUUUUGUUAGAUGCGACGCGGACAGAUUAGAUGUAAUGAAGGUACUGAUAACAGGGCCAGCAGAAACACCAUAUGCAAACGGGUGCUUCGAGUUCGACGUGUAUUUUCCUCCGGACUAUCCCAAUAGUCCGAUGUUAAUCAAUCUGGAAACCACUGGUCGUCACACAGUACGGUUUAAUCCUAAUUUGUACAACGACGGAAAAGUUUGCCUGAGCGUAUUGAACACUUGGCACGGUCGCCCUGAAGAAAAAUGGAAUGCACACACCAGUAGUUUCCUUCAGGUUUUAGUAUCGAUACAGUCAUUGAUUUUGGUAUCUGAACCUUAUUUCAACGAACCGGGGUAUGAAAGAUCACGCGGUACAACGAGCGGAGCUCAAUCUAGUCAAGAGUACAAUGCGAACAUUUGUCAGGCUACUGCUAAGUGGGCGAUGCUUGAUCAAAUUCGCAAUCCAUGUCCUUGCUUCAAAGAGGUUAUACACACCCACUUCUGGAUAAAGAGACACGAAAUCGUUGCACAAUUGGAAGGUUGGAUACGGGAUAUGGAAAUGCAUGGUUCGGACCGCAGGUCUGGCCGUACCCUUUCUCUGAACGCUUUAGCUUUAAGAAGGCACUACAGAUUACUGAGGGAAGAGCUGAGUAAACUGCCAACACCCGAAGGUUUAGAAGACUUAGUGGAACCACUUGCAUCCCCAGGUUCGCCUAUCGAGUUAUCUGGUACUCCUGGCACACCAAGCACGCCACCAACGUCGACGGUUCCUCCGACCAGCACGGUUUCUACUACGAUAAGUAAUCCUUCUGUUUCCAUCAGCAACGCCGGUGGUAGUAAUCACGUACACCACGAUAUCGACACGGACGUUGAGAUGGAGAAGAUGGUUUCAAAAGUGUGUGAAUAGCAAAAGGAUGUUAAUAGACAUUGUUGGCCAUUUUGAAAAGUCUAUAUUGUUUGUGUUAUGACGGACAAAAUAACGGACUACGACCGAAGGCGGAGAUAGGAGAUCCUAGUAUAUGGUUCGAAUUUUCAGUUGAUUGACGGAUGAUGAAUUAAAGUCGAGCGAAAGAUAGCUGUCGUUUUCGUUGAACACAUGACCAGAUACGGGAGAAUUUGUAAGAAUGAAUAGAAGAAUAAACGUGAUGUGUGUGCACGUGGUGCGUGUGAUGUGUGUGAUAAAGGAACUCAGUAAAAAAAAAAACAUAAAAACAAAAAAAAAAGGAAAGAACAAAGAGACGAUGAAACGAAAGAAACGUGUAAACAUAGAUAAAGAAUUCAAGGUAUGAUCGAAUGCUUGAACAAGCUGUAAGAUUGAAUUUGAAAGUAGCGAUGUGAGAGAUAGCGAACGAUUAAAAACUUAGUAUGAACGUGAAAAAACUCGUACGUAGCACGUAUUUUCUAUGGCUACUGCAUAUGCUAUAUGUAUGCUGCAUUCUACUACUUCGUAUUAUUGUAAGAAACAACUGUUAUUCGAUAUUUAUUAUACGUGUUCUUCUCGUUUACGUAGCCGGUACGCCCCCGUUUACCAGCAAUGCGGCUGACUUAAAACGACGCCACGAUUUCUAAAGCAAUCUGGCACAACGAUACGAAAUCCGUACGAACAAAAGAUCGAUCAACAUUAUUCGAAUUGUUUCUCCGGAUCAAAAAGCAUAACUUGCGAUUCACAUUGAUUUCAAUCGUUAUUAUUGUUAUUGUUGCUGAUGCUAUCAGUUGCGUGCGUGUGUGCGUGUUUCUUUUUUUUCUUAUUCCGUGCGAAUCGUUUCGGCCGUUUAGCUCAGUGUCGCAUUGCUAAUAGAAAAACGAAAAACGAAUUAAAAAUCGAUGCCAGCUAUGCAAUUGAUACGCGCGUGCGCAGUGUGUGAUUUAAUAUUUAUCGUGCCUGUAUCCAUUACGGUCUUGCAUUGUAUUUUUUACAAGAAAUAACAUGUAUGACGACUGUUCGCGGCUCGAAAGCGUAUCUUUCUUUAAAUACCGAAUCAAAUUUCGUUCAACUACUUCAUCGAAGAUCAAACGCGAGUUAGCCUUCAAUUACACCAACACAGAUUUUUCAUUUCGACGACGAGAAGCAUUCUUCUUUUUUUAUUGUCGACCUUAAACGAAAGGAAAAGUAAAAAUAAAAAAAAAGGAUUGUACUCGAUUAUCUUGGACAAGUUUGUUCAUAUCGGAAAGAACAAGUCUAUGAACAAUUCGGAUAAUCCGAAACACCGUUGCAUUUGAUGUGGGUAAUUAACAUAAAACCGACAACUAUGGCAUUAUCGAAUACGCAGCGAUAUCCACGAAAGCGUCGUGGACUUAAGUACCGCGAUUCGUGUUUCGAUUCCUGUUCGUAUAAUUAGUAUUUGUCCCCAACCACCUCCUCUUCUGUCCCCCGUUCUCUAUCAGCGAAUUAAUUACACGGUUUAGCUGUAAAAAUCACUGGGUCGAAUUUGCGCCGCCGAGUGAUCGAUGAUCGUUUCUUUCUUCUGUAAAUAAUCGUCAACUCACGAGUAAUUAAUACUGCAUUACAAGUAAAUGUUUGUAAUUCCGAAGUAAAACAGAAUAACUAAAAGAAACUCCAAUGUAACGUAUACUAUUGCAUGGAUUCCUAAGCAAUGAACGAAGCGAAAGAAAAAACACGUAAAGACGAUUGUACGUGGCAGGAGUACGUGUUAAUAGUUAUUUAUAAUAAACGAUUAUUAUCACGCCA